UUUGAGAGCAUUACGUAAUCGUCAAUUGCUAAGAGGGCCGGACGAUCUGCGUGGAGAGAAAGCGUGUGGUUUUGUGAUUGUGGGCGUAACGGAAGAGAGAUCGAGAGAGAGAGAGAGAGGCAUUGCCAUUGAUCUAUGCAAGCGACGAUCGACGCAUCCCUUCUCAGGCGAUAUUUCGUGGGGAUAGUUUGAUAUAGUUACUCUUCCUUAUGAGCUGGUUUGAUAACCUCAGUUUCUCGUCGAAUCUCAGCCGCUUCAUUGCCGGCAUCAUCAUCUUGAUUUUUUAUCAUUCGUUUCAAUUGGUUUCUAAUUUCUUGACUCCUAUACACCCUUCAAAUUUUCAAUCUGAUCGUCCUUGAUUCCACCUCCCUGUUGAGAUCUUUCUAUUCCCUUGAUUCCCCUGACUGUUCUGACGCCUGUGAUCUGUUUCUCAUGGACCCAAAAGAAUUAUUCCCCGCCAAUUUGCUUGAUGGAACUAUUGCCUCACACAUUGAGAGGCAACGCAGGCCAUAUCCUUCUGUUAUUGUUAUUGGUGCUGGAAUUUCGGGGAUCGCUGCUGCACGUAGUCUCUAUGGUGCAUCUUUCAAGGUGACUAUACUGGAGUCUCGGGAUAGGCUUGGUGGCCGUAUCCAUACUGAUUACUCAUUCGGUUGUCCAGUGGAUAUGGGGGCCUCAUGGUUACAUGGAGUUUGCAAUGAGAAUCCCUUGGCUCCAUUAAUACGUGGUCUCGGGCUUACAUUAUAUCGUACCAGUGGUGAUAACUCUGUCUUAUAUGACCAUGAUUUGGAAAGUUAUAUGCUGUUUAAUGUAGAUGGUCAUCAAGUUCCUCAACAGAUUGCCCUAGAAGUUGGAGAUACUUUCAAGAGAAUCCUAGCUGAGACAGGGAAGGUGAGGGAUGAGCAUCCUCAUGACAUGUCAGUUCUUCAAGCAAUAUCUAUUGUGUUGGAUAGGCAUCCUGAAUUAAGGCAAAAAGGACUUGCCCAUGAAGUGCUGCAAUGGUAUGUAUGCAGAAUGGAAGCUUGGUUUGCUGCUGAUGCCGAUAUGAUAUCACUUAAAACCUGGGAUCAGGAGCAUGUCCUCUCUGGUGGUCAUGGACUUAUGGUGCAAGGAUAUGAUCCUGUUAUAAAAUCUCUUGCAAAGGAUAUCGACAUACGUUUGAACCAUAGGGUGACUAAGAUAUCCAGUGGAUACAAUAAGGUGAUGGUCACAGUUGAAGAUGGCAGGAACUUUGUCGCUGAUGCUGCUAUUGUAACAGUUCCUCUUGGAAUCCUCAAAGCCAAUUUAAUUGAAUUUGAACCAAAACUGCCUGACUGGAAGGUGGCUGCAAUUUCAGAUCUUGGUGUGGGCAAUGAAAAUAAAAUUGCCCUGAGAUUUGAUAGGGUGUUUUGGCCAAACGUAGAGCUCAUGGGCGUUGUAGCUCCCACUUCUUAUGCUUGUGGCUAUUUUCUGAAUCUCCACAAAGCAACAGGCCAUCCGGUUCUUGUCUACAUGGCAGCUGGCAGAUUUGCUUCCGAUCUUGAAAAGCUAACUGAUGAGGCGGCAGCAAAUUUUGUAAUGCAACAGCUCAAAAAGAUGUUUCCUGAUGCUUCUGAGCCAGUUCAGUACCUGGUAUCCCAUUGGGGGACGGACCCAAAUACGCUUGGUUGUUACUCAUAUGACUUGGUUGGGAAGCCUGAUGAUGUAUAUGACAGGCUUCGUGCACCAGUAGGAAAUCUGUUCUUUGGUGGGGAAGCUGUGAGCUUGGAUCACCAGGGAUCUGUGCAUGGAGCUUACUCUGCUGGAGUCAUGGCGGCUGGUAAUUGUCAGCAAUAUCUUAUGGCCAAACAAGGCCACAUGAUGGAAGAGCUGCCUCUAGUUACUAAUGUUAGCCGUGAAAUGCUUGAAACUACUAUUCCCCUUCAGAUCUCCAGGAUGUAACUUCCCAACAUUAGCAAUCUUCCAUAAAUAGGAAGCAUUUCGUUGGGAAAUUCUUAAAAUGUCUUGACUUCACUAUCAACUAUUUUAGAUGACAUUGACUGUGCAGGGGUUGUGGUGACAAGAAUCUUUCAAUCCCUUUUUCAAGUACAGUUUCGGAUUUUGAAAGCCAUGAUAAUUUUAAUUUUGAGAAAUCAAAUUGAUAGUGAGCAUUUAUGGAA